AUGGCAACAUUAAGUGUACCAACAAGACAUCUUAUUCAUUUAAAGAGUAUCAAUAAAGCAGAGAAUCUACUCGAUCAUACCUAUAAAGCAACAGGAACAUAUGAAAUUGGUAGAGGAUCACUUGGUAUAAGUGAAAAGAAAUGUUCAAGAAAACAAAUAUUAAUUAAAUUAGAUGAACACUCAAAUUAUUAUUUAAUUUCAAAUGGAAUCAAUCCAUCUUAUUUAAAGAAAUAUGAUAAAGAUUAUUUCGUACAGAUGACAAAAGAUGAAGAAUAUGUGUUGGAGGACGGUGAUUCAUUCUCAAUGCUCUAUGAAAUGUUGACUUUCACUGUUGUCAUUGAAGUUAAUACAGAAUUUGUUGACUAUAGUAAAAAAACAAGUAGCAGCACUGCUUCAACCACUACUAGUAGCAAUAACAAGAGAAAGGAUAUCGAUGAUAAUAAUGAUGAUGAUACUAAUGAAAAAGAUACAAAUACAAAGAAACAAAAAAGUUUACCAGAAUGUCCAUAUGGAAAAAGUUGUUAUAGAAAGAAUGAAGAGCACUUUAAAGAAUUCUCACAUCCAUGGAAAGAUACAAAGGAUAGCAAAGAUGAAAAGAAAACAACAACGACAACUACCACAGCAACAAACAAGAAAGAUGAUAGUAAAGAUAAAAAUGGUGCUGCAAGUUCAACUACUUCCACAACAUCUGCUACUGCUAAGCCAACUACCACCGCCACCUCAUCCUCCACCACCACAGCAACAACAACAACAACAACAACAACAUCACCACCAUCAACAUCAACUGCAUCUGCAACAAAUAAUGGUAGUACCAAUGGUAGUAACAAUGGUAAACCAAACUAUAAAAAGAAGAAGCAAGUCAGUAGUAACAAACAAAGAUCAUUGUACUUCCCAUUUAUCUCUACAUUUGUUUAUAAUUUUAAAGUAGAUAUUGCAACUGAUAUUGCAAUUACUGAAAUAAAAUCAUAUUUAGAAUUUCACAAGGAAGAAGAUGAUAUUAAACUGAUAAUGUGUAUAGAUAAAUCGAUUUAUAACGAUAGCAUUGCAACGAAGCUAACGAAAGGUGUUGGAGAUGAACGAUUCUCGAUUGUACAAUGUGAUAGUGCCACUUCGGUGGAGCAGUUCAAUGUCGGCUGUAGAUUUGUUGCUAGCGAGACUACAUGGCGACUGAAACGAACACCACAGAACAAACAGCUCUACGAUAUCAUUGGCGAGGCCACUUUCGAUGCCGAGGUCAAACAACGAUAUCCAAAGCCUGGUACCGCCGGUAACAUCUAUGCAGUGCCAAUCAAGGAUCAACAGUCAAAGGCUGCCAAGGAAUUCAACAUCGAUGCCAUAUUCCUCACCAUUGGACCAAACAUGAACGAUAAGAAAUCAAACUACAUCGAAGACAUAGAUGAUGCCACACCACUCUUAACUCAAACCUAUCAAUCUUUAUUCUCGAAAUUAGACAACUAUGAUUAA